AUGACGAACAUCACAAGCACCACAGGCGUCUGCUGCCUAGCCUUGUUUCUCGCACUGAAAUGCAAUGUCUCAUUUCCCGGGAAUACCACGUACGAAACAUCGCUAGGGUCAUACUUCUCCUGGCAGGAAGCCGCCAUCCACCCGAACUGCAUUGUCUCGCCCCAGAUAGCCCAAGACGUAUCAACGGCGGUAAACCUCCUCACGGCAACGACGACGACCACCAUCUCCACUCCGUCGACACCUCUGGCGGGCUGUCAGUUCGCUGUCAGGUCGGGUGGCCACGCCAGCUUCCCCGGGGCAGCUAAUAUUGAGGGCGGUGUGACUAUCGACCUUUCCAGGCUCUCCAGCAUUACGCUGUCGCCCCCAGGGGUGGGCGCAGCAGCGCGGGCAGCGGCCCUCCCGCCUACCGUAUCCGUUGGCGUGGGGGCCACUUGGGGACUCGUGUACGCGCAGCUCGACGCGCUGCGUCUCAGCGUGAAUGGCGGCCGUGCCGCCAGUGUGGGUGUUGGGGGUCUUACUCUUGGCGGCGGCAUCAGCUACUUCGGACCUCGUUACGGGUGGACAUGCGAUAGCGUGGCGAACCUCGAGGUCGUCCUGGCUGACGGGAGAAUCGUGAACGCCAACCCCGAUGAGAACCCCGACCUCCUAUGGGUAUUGAGCGGUGGCACUAACAAUUUCGGUAUCGUUACCCGCGGUGAUCUCCAGACCUUCCCUCAGGGCGACCUCUGGGGUGGUCAGGUCGUAAGACCGAUGCAGACGGCAGAUGAGCAAGUGGUCGCGCUGGCUGCAUUUAAUGACCCGGAGAGCUACGAUGAGUUUGCGUCUUUGAUCACGACUUUUGCGUACUCGGGCGACCAGGACGUACAGGUUGUGGUCAAUGACAUGCAAUACACGAAGCCCGAGGCGAACCCGCUCGUCUUUCAUGCUCUGAGCAGCAUGGCCGCGGUGUCUAGUACUCAGCGAAUCACGAACAUGUCGGAUUUGGCGGCUGAGACGGAGGCGAACGACGCAAACGGCUCCAGACAAGCCAGCGCGACGCUGACCAAAGUCUCCUCCAUCGCAGCCCUCAACGCAGCCGUUCAAGCGUGGAACGCAAGCGUUGCUUCGGUCCGCACCAUCCCAAGUAUCGUAUGGGGAUUGGGACUAGACCCGUUGCCACCUCUGCUAUAUGAGCGGCACGCCGACGCCAACGCCCCCGGGCUGGCUGACCGCAAGGGUAAGGCCCUGAUUAUCAUUAAUUUGACCGCAAAGUGGCUUGACGUCGCAGACGAUGACGCCGUAGACGCGGCGGCUAGGGCGCUUAUCGAGGCUAUAAAGCGGGAUGUGGGUGGGUUGGAUGCCCUGGAUCCCUUUCUCUAUGUGAACUAUGCGGCACCUUGGCAGCGGCCAGUAGAAAGCUACCGCCGAGCGAGCGUGGAGAGGAUGCGAAGGGUGCAGGACAUGUAUGAUCCUGGACGGGUUUUCACGAACACAGUCCCGGGAGGGUUCAAGGUCCAUCAGUGA